AAAAAACAGAACGAAAAAUUUGUGCAGUGACAGUGCAGACAAAAAAUUUGCAAAGGCAAAAGAAUGACGAUGACCAAAAAACUAAAAAAUAUUUAAAAGAUCUCAUUUAAAACAUGUCGUAUAACUAUCCGACAAUAGCAAACAAUGCAUUGCCAGCAAUGCUGCCGUUGCUAACCAAUUUGGCAAAUGGAAAUCAUUUUCUUCCAACUUUGGCGGCAGCCAAUCAAGCUGUUACAGCUGGUUUAUUUUCCGCGCACAAUGCAGCAGCUGCGGCAACAACAGCACUAGCCGAAAAUGCCUUGGAAUUCAAUCGAACAACAACGAAACUUUGUCAAAUCGGUUCUGGCCCAAUGGAUUUGGAAACAUUGAACGAUGAACGUGAUACACAGUCGUUCAUUCAAAGUCCGUCUGGCAGUGAAUUGAGUUUGGCAUCAACACAAAGUGUUCGUAAAAUCGAUGAGAAUUGCGAAAAGAAUUAUUCAACAUUUAAUCCAUGUGAUAUAAUGUACAAUAUGGGAAUUCCAUCACAAAAUCUUAUGAUGAUGCCUGGUGUUAUGAAUAUGGUGCGUGAUGCAUCAUCUAUAGUACAAACACUCCCACAAUUUUCCCUUCUCAAUCAAUUACAAUCCGUACAAACAUCAACCGUAUCAACGGCUAAUUUAAGCGAUACAAAUACCACAUCGGCAAUCUCAACAACAUUGUCAUCCACCAAUUCGUCUGGCAUUGUUAAAGAAACGAUAACAUGUAAAUCGUGUGUGCUACUGCCACCGAAUCCAAAUGCACCGCCGCCAUCGACACGCGAACGUCCGAGCGGCUGUCGAACGGUAUUCGUUGGUGGCUUGCCGGAGAACAUCAGCGAAGAGAUAAUUAAAGAUGUGUUUGAACGAUGCGGUGAAAUAACCACAUUACGUUUAUCGAAAAAGAAUUUCUGUCACAUUCGAUUCGUGUUUGAAGCAUCGGUUGACUCGGCUAUUUACUUAAGCGGUUAUCGUAUUCGCAUCAAUAAUCUAACAGACUCACCGAAUUGUGGACGUUUACAUGUGGACUUUGCACAAGCCAGAGACGAUCAAUACGAAUUUGAGUGCAAACAACGACAAUGGCAACGUGAGCAAAGACAUCGCGAACGUCUUGAACGUGAUCGUUCAAAGUUAUCGCCACCGAUUGUUUACUUUAGCGAACAUGAAGCCGCCGCGAUUGCUGAAAAACUCAAACAAGAUGACACAUUUUCGAAAGCAGUGCAAAUAUUUAUAACAUGGCUUGAACGGGGCGAUUGCAAUAAGAAAAAUUCAAAUACAUUUUAUUCGAUGAUUCAGAGUACAAAUGCUCAUAUUCGUCGAUUAUUGAGCGAAAAAUCAGUGUACGAAGAUGAAUUGAACAAAGCCAAAGAAAUUCAUCGCAAGCAAAUGCAAAAUUUGUCAACACAACAAUUAACAUUAGAAAGAGUGUUUGGGGCCGCUAGUCACAAGAAGGUCUGGGAUCAUUUUACGAAAGCUCAGCGAAAGAAUAUCGAUGUGUGGAAGAAACAAUCACUGGAAAUACAAGUGCCCCUGGAAUCACUUGAAAGCCAUGACACGGAUGAAAUGGACAUGUCUGACGAAGACGAUGCAGCUAGCUUACGCUACGGUAAACGACCAAAAAACAGUUCCAAGGAAAAUGAAAGUAAAAAGUCUGAUACAAUGGCCUAUGCACAUAGCUCGAAAGCCUUAGAUGUAAGAGAACAGCAGCUAAAAGUGUUGCACGAGACAAUACGUAAUCUUCAAACGCAAUUGCUUGAAAAUAAAACCAAAGAAAAAGAGAAUCUCACAAAAAUCAGCGAAUUGGAAGAUAAAUUGAAGCAAGCAAAUGUUAAGGAAUUGCUGUUAAAAACUCGAAUUGUAGAAGCAUCAAAGGGUCCAGUUACCUCAAUCUCAACCGAUCAUGCUUCCAAAUCGAGUGUUAGUGAUAAAGACGUAGUCUAUGUUGAUGAUGGUGAUUGUGAUGUGCCGGAAAAACCAUCAAAACUCAUUGAUUCUAAAUAUACCAUUGGUGUGAAACCAUCGGAAUCGGUUGAAAAUGAAAAUAUAAACGACGACGACAAUCAUCAAAUGAUUGACGUGGAUGCGGCGCGUUUAAUUGGAUUGAUUUCGUCAUUUCUUGUUGUACAUCCGUUCGGUGCUAGUCUGGAAAAUAUUAUAACGUAUGUUCAACAAGUUUCGAUGCCGAUACACGACAAAGAUGUUGAAAACAUUUUGCGUCGCUAUAAGAGCGUAUUCAUCGAAAUGGAUAGUCAGCCAAAUGCUGAUGAGCCGCCAAUAGCUGUCGAACGAAAAUGGAAAUUUUGUGGAUUUGAUCUGACAAAUUCGUCGACAAUUGUAAUACAUGAUUAGAUAACAAUUCAUAAUAGUCAAUUUGUGCUUUUUGAUCCACCUUAGUUUUCACAUCAAUUUUUUCAACAAAACUAAUGGAAUUAAUUUUUUCAAACAAACAAACAAACUAUCGACACCAAAUCAAUUUUACACAAUUUCAAAAAAUUUAUUAUAUUUAUAUAUUUAUUUAGGAAUAUUGUUAAAUCUCGUUUUGUUCAUCGUUCCCACAUUCACCACAGCUAAAACUUGUCACACAUUAAGCAUUUUUGUGAUCG